UCCAAACCAAAGAUGUAUCACACCACUUGGGCAUCAUGAACUUCUCUCAGCCUUUAUUUAAAAAACCCAGAAACAUAUCCUCAUGAUAAAAAGCAGCGGUUGGCAAUAUGAGUGAGGCCAAAAGUGAAAACAGAAUUUAUGCAUAGCUCCAAUAUCCCAUUGAUGUCUAUUGUCCUUUGAGCUCUACCAAGAAGUAAGAACCACUCCUUUUAAGGUUUUUCAUUUUUUUCUAACACAAAAGUACAAAGUAGAGAUACAGAGGCUCUCACAUGUGGGUCUCUGAUAUCUUAUAGUAUUACUUUGCUAGCUCAUGUGGGUUGCGCAUCCCAAGCCUAAUCUGUUUCAUAUCCCUCUCAAAUAAUUCACCACCAAUUAUUGCUACGUGACCACACUCUGCAUCAUCAUCGUCUUCAUCGAAUCCUAGCGUUUUUCUGUUCUAUAUAUAUAAGCUUAUAUAUACCUAUCUUCGAUCUUAUCGAAAGCUAGCUUCCACAGUUUUCUUUCAACUAUGUGGAGCGACCUCCCCUUUGAUCUUCUCUCCAACAUCUUCUUCUUCCUCUCCCCCGACUCUUUUGCUUGCGCCAAGGCAGCAUGUCGAAACUGGCAUCAAGCUUGUGCCUCCACACCGAGCUUCAAGAACCCGUUUUUGUUGCAGAAGCAACUUCACCCUCCAUGGUUCAUAGCAUUGCCUCUUCGAAACAACAGCCUUUCUUGCCAUGCUCACAAUCCAAUCAACACCACCAACAACAACUGGUAUGAAAUUUCUUUAGAUUUCUUACCCCACCCAAUUCGUCUCGUGGCUCACUUAGAAGGCCUCCUCUUGGUCCGACCCUCGAUCUCUACCGUUCUCCAAUUGGGUGUCUGCAACCCAUUUACAAGGCAAUACAAGCAGCUUCCGACAUUAAACAUCAGAAGAACCAACCCGGCCGUGGGGGUGAUAUCACUCCCAGCAUUUUCAAACACUAAAUUAAUGUUCGGAACAGAUUCAUUUCAUUGCUUCGGAAUCUACGUGGCUGGUGGGAUGUCGGAGGCGCCCCGCGGCGGAGCCACGUACGAGCCGACGCUGGAAAUGUACGACCCUCAGCUAGACGCGUGGCGAGUGGUCGGGUCGAUGCCGAUGGAGUUCGCAGUGAGGCUAACAGUGUGGACUCCAAAGGAGAGUGUGUACUGUGAUGGGGUGCUGUAUUGGAUGACCUCUGCCAGGGCAUACAGCUUAAUGGGGUAUGAUAUUUCUUCGAACAGUUGGAGAGAGCUGAGUGUGCCAAUGGCGGACAAGCUGGAGUUUGCUGUGCUGGUUCUGCGCAAUGGGAGGCUGACACUUGUGGGAGGGACAUGUGCUUUGGGGGUUUGUAUAUGGGAGCUUGGUGAGGGAGAGAGUUGGGUGAUGGUUGAGACGGUUCCUAGUGAAUUGGGGAUGAGGUUUAUAGGGGAGAAGGGAAGUUGGGAUAGAACAAAGUGUGUGGGGAGUGAUGGGGCUAUUUACUUGUAUAGGGACCUUUGGGCAGGAAUGGUGGUUUGGAGGGAAGUUGGAGAAGGGAAUAGUAAGUGGGAAUGGUUUUGGAUUGAAGGGUGUUCGUCGAUUAGAGGUAAACAAGUGAGAAAUAUGCAAAUAAAGGGAGUUCUUAUGCAUCCUAAUCUUGUACCCUCAUCCAUUUUCUAAUCAAAUAAUACCAGUUGACAACAGAAGAUGACUAUGUAAACCAUGUGACUUGAUUUCUUUUUCUUAGCCUUUGCCCUCUUUUUUUCUGUAUAGAGCAGUGAAAAAGUCUUCUUCUCUUUCUA